AUGAUUUGGAGGCCGCUAAAUUUAGAAGAGGUGUGCCCCGUCCACACUCAACUCUCCGCUUGCUCUUAUUUCGGCUAUGUGUACUUGAAUCUGCUAGUCCAAUUGUUCGGCGACUCCAGCGAAAGAAGAACACAAGAGGAGUUACGACACCAUGAAAAGGAAGAAGACGAGGAUAGAAUAGUCGAGAGCACAAGAAGCUACGGACAUAGAAAGCAUAGCCCAGAAGAGUACGAUUUUAUCGUUGUUGGCGCUGGUUCCGCUGGGUGCGUGGUGGCCAAUAGACUAUCUCAGAAUAAGAAAUGGAAGGUGCUUCUGCUAGAAGCCGGGCCAGAACAACCUGACGUAACACUGGUGCCAGGUCUGUCGACUGCUCUUCUUGGGUCGAACAUAGACUGGGCAUAUUCGACAGAACCGGAUGGCAGGAGUUGUUUGGCCGCACGAGGAGGACGAUGCUCUUGGCCAAGAGGUAAGGUGAUGGGCGGUUCCAGCUCAAUCAAUUUAUUAGUCUAUAUUAGAGGAAACAAAUUAGACUACGACACCUGGGCAGCCAUGGGCAAUGAAGGGUGGAGUUACAGAGAUGUUCUACCAUAUUUCAAGAAAUCUGAGAGAAACCUUAAUUAUGAAGGACUUGAUUCUAAAUAUCAUGGUGUGGACGGCGAGCAGUACGUUUCGCGGUACCCAUACAUUGACAAACCGUCGAUCAUGAUGACAGAUGCUUUCAACGAAAGAGGAUUACCCCUCAAUGAUUACAACGGAGCUCAUCAAGUCGGAACGCAGCAGGCCCAAGCAAUAUCUUUAAAUGGCCAACGAGUUUCAACCAACACUGCUUUCAUCCGUCCUAUUAGAUAUAAGAGAAAGAAUUUGACAGUCAAAACUAAUUCAGAGGCUGUAAAGAUACUUAUAGAUGAAAACAAAAGAGCGUACGGCGUUAAAUAUUUUAAGAAUAAUCUUAUUUAUACAGCGAUAGCGAAAAAAGAAGUCAUAGUGAGUGGGGGUUCGAUCAAUUCACCGAAAUUGCUCCUGUUAUCCGGCAUAGGACCAAAGGAUCAACUGGAGAGAUUGGGUAUUCAUGUCGUAAAGGACUUAGCUGUUGGUGAAAACUUGCACGAUCAUGUAACUUUCAAUGGUAUAGUCAUAGCUUUACCAAACAAAACUGCUACGAUACGAGAAAACAAUGAAGUAUUAAGAGAAGUUAUAGAUUAUGCCAAUAAGGAAAUCAAAGAUGGUCCACUUUCUGGAAAUGGACCUGUGAAUUCUGUCGCGUUUAUCAGGACCGAGCCACAUUUGCCAGCGCCUGACAUUCAGUAUCAAACAUUCAGCGUCAAGUGGAGAGAAUACAUUAAAGAGCUGCCAGACUACGAUAGGACUAGAAUUUUCCCGACGAGUUUCUACGAUGGUUUGGAAUCGAGGAUAAUGAAUUUAGUCCCGAGAAGCAGAGGCAAGCUCUGUCUCAAUACAACUGAUCCCAACGGUCCGCCAUUACUGUACUCUAACUACUACGAAGAUGAAACGGAUUUGAUUCCUUUGAUCAAAGGCACAAGGUUCUUUUUGUCUUUAGAAGACACGCAAGCUUUUAAAGCAAACGGGGCUCAUUUCCUAAGAAUUCAAUUACCGGCAUGUAGGGACCACAAAUGGGGUACCGAUGACUACAUAGUAUGCUUGGCUAGAAAAUACACAGCUACAACGUACCACCCAGUAGGCACCUGUAAAAUGGGGCCGAAGUGGGAUAAGAAGGCUGUAGUAGAUCCCAAAUUAAGAGUUUAUGGGGUGUCUGGACUUCGAGUAAUAGAUUCGUCAAUAAUGCCAAUCGUACCUCGGGGUAAUACGAAUGCCCCCACCAUUAUGAUAGGAGAAAGAGGUGUAGAUUUCGUUAUAGAGGAUUGGUUGCAUAACUACCACCACGGGUAG